AUGUCGCCCAAGGCUUCAGCAAGCCGCCGCCGUCGGCCUGAGUUUGCCUUGGGGGUACCCAUCGCUUGCCCAAGAACAAUCUUGCUGAGCCUAUCAUGGCUGCUGCUGUCGCUCAUCGGGCUGGUUUGCUUCAGUCUCGACCAGGCCCGGUCUGGGUCUAUGGGCUGUGAGAUGAGCUGGAUGUCGCCCACGUACCACCGUCUAGAAUGGGAUCAAUCUACCGAACAGCGGUAUUCGGUUUAUCUCUACCGUGAAGGGGGGCUUGACCCAGCCAAGCCGUCGGGACUGCCUGUCAUCUUCGUGCCCGGCAAUGCUGGAGACUUCAAGCAGGUGCGAUCAAUUGCUUCCUCGGCAUCGCGCCAGUUUUUUAAUGUCGACGACAGUAAAUCAAGCCAUGAAGAGUGGGCCAAGCCUCUGGACUUCUUUGCACGUUCGUCUCAACUGAGUGAUACGCGGCUGACCUGGAAAGUGGACUUCAACGAGGACUUUUCAGCCUUCCAUGCGCAAACGUUGGAGGAACAGGGUCAUUUCUUGGCCUCAAUCAUACCCCAUGUUCUUUCGGCAUAUCGGCACACACCUCCCAACCAGCGACCAUCCAGAGUCAUGCUCCUAGGCCACUCCAUGGGAGGCAUUGUGGCCAGGCUGGCCGCGUCAUUGGUGGAUAACACCACCAUUGACGCGAUCAUAACCAUGUCGACCCCCCACCAGAGUCCACCGUUACCUUUUGAGAGUACCAUGGAAGACAUAUAUUCCACGGUCAAUUCGGCUUCUUAUCGUGCCCCGCAUCCUCUCUUGGUCUCCAUCUGCGGCGGAGUGUCCGACACUCAGAUUGUUUCCGACAGCUGUGCACUGUCCAAAGAACUCAUUGAAGUCGACGAUGGGUUUGCUGUCUUCACUACAGCCAUACCUGGCGUAUGGACUGGUGUUGAGCACCAAGCCACCGUGUGGUGCCAUCAACUGCGAUGGCGUGUGGCGAGGGCGAUGCUCGACAUGAGCAUGGAGACAACUCGCGAUGCCAAGCUCCUCGCCGCCAGGAAAUGGCUCCUCGGAGGUAUGCCGACUCAUCCUCCGAUAGAUGCGUUACAAGUCGACGUGCCGGUCACUGCAUCCACUAUGGCAAUCCUUGCCCGCAUACCAACUAUCACCGAAGAAACACUGGCUGCACCGCCUCUCAAAAUCCUGCACUGCAUACACGAACGGUGCACCGAGCCACGUUGGUCCCUCUCACGGGUCCCUUGGCCUCGCAACAACAGCGAACCGUUUCCCUUCCCGGGUGAAGGUGCGCGCCCUCAGGACUCGAUACUCGCCAUAGACAUCAUUGAUCUCGUUGUCGAUGGUUCCCUGCGACUGCAUGCUCCGCGGGGUACGGAGGUUUCAUCGGGCCUCAAGCUCGAUAGCGUUGCGAGCAACCGGUGGGGCCACCCUCCCACUGUUCAGCACUUGUCAAUCCCCGCUGAUGAGGCAUCAGCCUCGACCGAGUCCAAGUUCUACCCUAUUGGCAAUUCUUCCAUCAUUCUGCACUCGCAUACCAGUGGGUCGCCCUUUGCAAGUCCUCAGAGAGCUGGGGACAUCGACAUCCAUGUCUAUCAGCAGCCCGGCUGCCCCGUCAAGGAGGUAGCAAUAGCCGUGGACAUCCCUGCCUCUUUCGCCAAAGCUAUCCUUCGAUUUAGGAUUGCGCUUCUUGAUUGGUGUUUGGGCUGGUCUUCACUCCUGAUUUUCCAACUUUUGCUGGAGCACCACACGUCCGGUACGUUUGAACGAUAA